AUGUAUCCGCAAUUGGAGACGGAUGCUGAGGCCCAGGAGAAGGCAACGGCUCAGGCCCUCUUAUCCUCCAGGCAGACCCAAACAGAGGCUGAGAAACCCGCACCAAUACCCAAAUGGAAACGUCGCCUGCAUCGUCAUAUGCCGGUGACCCAAUGGCUACCACUGUACUCUACCGAAUGGGGCAUCGAUGACUUUAUAGCGGGCAUUACCUUGGGCCUAACCAUCAUACCGGAGAGCAUGGCCUGUGCUCUGCUCGCCGGCCUGCCGGCACGUUAUGGCCUGUGUUCGGCCUUUAUUGGACCUUUGAUCUAUAUGGUGUUUGGGUCCAUCGAUAAGGUGAUCAUUGGACCCACUAGUCUGGUGGCAUUGGUCAGUGUACAAUUUACGGUGGGGCGACCCAUAGAGUUUGCUUUUCUGCUUACUUUUCUCAGCGGCAUUGUGCAGAUCAUUAUGGGUGCCCUUAGAUUAGGUUUUAUCUUUGAGUUCAUCUCAAUGCCCGUGAUCAAGGCCUUUUCCUCAGCCACUGCCAUUCUGGUGAUCGAAUCACAGCUGAAGGUAUUGCUGGGCAUCAAGUACUUAGUGGCGGGCCUCUUAAGCUCCGUCUCUACCCUAAGCUCCCGGAUCGACGAAUCGAAUAUGGCAGAUCUCAUUAUGGGCAUUUGUGCUAUAGUUUUUCUCCUAUUACUUGAGCUACUCGAACGCGUGGCUCGCAAUGAAAAUCAUGGAAAAGUCUUAAGGAUCUGCUGUCGCUAUUUGUCCACCUCUAGAAAUACUCUGAUCGUUCUUAUAGCGGGGAUUGUGUCCUACAUUUGGCUGCAACAAACGGGCCAUGUACCCUAUGCUCUUAGCCAGAAUGCCUUGGCCACUUUGCCGAAUUUUACGAUCCCCAGUCUGGAGGUGGAAACGCCCGAACGGAACUACAGUUUCUGGGAGAUCUUAAAGGAGCUCCAUAUGGGGAUUAUAGUCAUACCGAUUGUGGGCAUACUCACGAAUAUAUCAAUUGGAAAGUUGACUCCCAAAGGCCUGGUGGACACAAAUCAAGAGCUUCUCACCGUGGGACUGUGCAAUAUGUUUGGUUCCUGUGUGCAGGCCAUGCCUUCAUCGGGUGCCUUUACCCGCUAUGCCAUUAGUACAGCCUGUGGCCUGAAGACACCCAUGGCAAAUCUGUAUUUGGGUAUCAUUGUGCUGCUGGCCUUGAGCUAUCUCAGUCCGUACUUCAAUUUCAUACCGGAAGCCACACUGGCCGCCAUUCUGAUAUGCUCGAUAAUCACGCUGCUGGACUUUAAGCUGCCGCUGCGUUUGUGGCGCGACUCGAAGCGGGACUUUGCCACCUGGCUGCUGUGCUUCUGCGUGUGCGUGCUCUUUGGCGUGGAAGUGGGUCUGUUUGUUAGCAUUGUGGUCACGGCUUUGCAUCUGCUCUUCCUGUGGGCACGUCCCGAGAUUCGGGUAAAGAUUGAGGAGCUCGACGAGAUGCAGUACAUCCGCGUGACGCCCGGCAAUGGCAUCUACUUUCCGGCCAUCAAUUACCUGAGGGAACGUGUCCUCAAAGCCUGCACUCAGGCGGAUUUCCGUAUAACCGUGGUCAUCGAUGGACAUCGCAUUACGGGGCUCGAUUACACUGCCGCCCAGGGCAUAUCGAAGCUAUCGAGCGAUCUGUGCCGUCAGGCGGAUGCGGCCAGUUCCACGCUCCUGAUUCUGUAUAGGUUCCAGGAGCCACUCCAGCGUCUGAUCGAUCACACGGACAAUCUAGUGUUUUGCGAGUCCGAGGACAAGGUCAGGGAGUUCUUGACCCAGGAAUCGCUGCGUAAUGGUUAUAUCAAUCUCAAGGAGCACAUACGGGCCUCCAUAGAUCUGGGCUACAAAAUAGACAUCGAUUAGGCGUCUGUUCUCCUCUCUUUAGCUAGUCGCUUGUAUUAUUUAUUUAAGUUUAGUUUUGAGAUGGAGCUGGAGAAAUUGUCGUCCGGCAAAUGGAAAUAAAAAGUGAAGGAAAAGUGGAACAAAUGCCUUGAUGGGGCAGCAAUUUAUAAAAUCCCCACAGCAACCACACAGUGCGGCGACGACCUCUGCCACUCAAAGAGAGUGAGAGAGAUGGCUACACACGGGUGUAAAAGAGAGAGAGAGAGACAGUUAGAUGGAUGCGGUGCCGCUGGCGACGCCGUCAAUGAUUGCCCAGCUAAUGGAUUUCUGUUUACUUUUUCACUUAGUUCCGGACGCCAAAAGAGAAAGGAGAAAAAGAAAAGAGAGACAGAGAGAGAGAGCAAAAAACGAUGUGAAAAAUAACGCAAAAGAAAUUAGACAGAAAAAAAGCGAAAGCUCAGAGCCAACUAUUCAGCCUCCCCCAUCCACCCCUCAAAAAGGUAGAAGAAGAAAAAAACUAUAGAAAAGUGCAAGAAAUUAAACUAAAAUCCUAGCCGUAAAGUGGAUCAAACGCAGUAAAAACAAAGUGAGGGAAUAAUUGAAAUUUCCUGAACCGAAAGUCGAAUAGGGAAAACCCUUUAUUAGAAAAGAAAAUUUCUGCGAAUAAUAUGAACAUUUUCUUGA